CAAGGAGUGAGCGCGUCAUCAGGAGCAUCGCAGCGGGCGUAGCGAGCCAGACUGACGACAUUCUAAGAUUGACUUUAAACUCGUACUUGGCGACGUGCUACGCUGGUAGCUCUUUGUUCCGUCGAGGCUCUGCCGGACCCUCUCGCAGAUCAGGUUCUUGUGUCGCACAACAAACCGGCAUUGUCCUUUUCACAGUAAAUCCCCCGCCGUGCCAACGAUCGGGGUAACAGCAACGAUCACCGCCGCGGCAUCGAUCCGCUAGCUACCCUCGUAGCCGCCUCAGACUUCACGAGCCGAAUUCCGUUGGCCAGCCAUGCGGCACGGCUCGCGGUCGUCGGGCGUGUUCUCGGCGUCAUGGAACGUGUGGAUCAUGGUCACCAUCGCCGCCAUCGUCGUUCUCCUUGGCGCGUGGGCUUUCCUGUCCCCGACCAGCAACGCAGCAGUGGAGGCGGUGGCGGAGGAGGAGGUGGAGGACGUGAUAGGCGAGUCGGAGCAGCGGCUGGAGGCUGAUGUGAAAGUGGCAGAGGCCAUUCAGCGGGCGCACAACGGAGCAAAGGCCAAGGACGUGGAGGUAGAGUCAGAGUCCAGCAGCGGCCUAGCAGAAGAGACGGGAGUUGAGGGAGCCGGGGAGGAGGACGAGCGGGGGGGGAAUGAAGAGGUCGGAGGGCAGAGAGGGGGGAAAGGAGGAGAGGAGGAGGAAGAGGGAGGUGGAGAAGAGGAGGAGGUAGCCGAUGCUGGGGGAGCAGGGAAGGGGGAACGAGGAGGAGGUGGAGGGAAGGAGGUUACUGAAGAGGGGGGUGAGGAGGGGGAAGUGGAGGGAGGGGGAGGAGGAGGGAAGGAGGAAUCUGCGAGUGAGGAGGAAGGGGGGUCGGAAGGAGCGGAAGAGGAGGAAGAGGAGGGAGGGAAGCCUGCUCCUCCGAAGGGAAUGAAGGGGAAGAAAGGUGGAGAGGGAGAGGAGGCAGCAGGCGAGGAGGGAGGGGAGGGAGCAGAGGGUGCAGAGGGAGAGGGGGAGGACGAGGGGGGUAAGGCUGCCGGGAACUCUAAGGGGACCCUCCCUCUGCUGUUUUUGGUUGGUGAUAGAUUUUUCCCGUCCAUCCAACACUGUUUCGCUGCUGGCCCAGCACAGCAGCUAUCGAGGCAGCAGUCGACAGCAGCAGCAGCAGCAGCAGCAGCAGCAGCAGCAGCAGCAGCAGCAGCAGCAGCAGCAGCAGCAGCAGCAGCAGCAGCAGCAGCAGCAGCAGCAGCAGCAGCAGCAGCAGCAGCAGCAGCAGCAGCAGCAGCAGCAGCAGCAGCAGCAGCAGCAGCCAGCAGCAGCAGCAGCAGCAGCAGCAGCAGCAGCAGCAGCAGCAGCAGCAGCAGCAGCAGCAGCAGCAGCAGCAGCAGCAGCCAGCAGCAGCAGCAGCAGCAGCAGCAGCAGCAGCAGCAGCAGCAGCAGCAGCAGCAGCAGCAGCAGCAGCAGCAGCAGCAGCAGCAGCAGCAGCAGCAGCAGCAGCAGCAGCAGCAGCAGCAGCAGCAGCAGCAGCAGCAGCAGCAGCAGCAGCAGCAGCAGCAGCAGCAGCAGCAGCAGCAGCAGCAGCAGCAGCAGCAGCAGCAGCAGCAGCAGCAGCAGCAGCAGCAGCAGCAGCAGCAGCAGCAGCAGCAGCAGCAGCAGCAGCAGCUGCCCCCCCGGCAAUCCGGCAUCAGACCUGAGGGCAGAGAGCAGCAGCUCAGAGGCUUUUUCACUGCUGACCCAGCAGCAAUUGAGGCAGCAUGGGACUCAGAGGAUGCAGCCGCAGCAGACCCCAACGUCCCUGCUGCAGACCUGAAAACCGAAAGCAGCAGCUCGGAGGCAGGCAGUGGGCUCAAGUCCCAGGCAAGGGAGUCGGAGGAGGAAGCACGGCUGGACAUUCGUGAGGCUGCCACGAAGGAGCAGGACAGCAAGCAGACGGAGGACGACUUUGGGGAGGUGGAGGGGGGAGCAGCGGUCAUCCCGAGCAACCCUGGAGACACCAAACCGCCGCUGAUGGCCGGCCCUGUGGGGCAGGGCACCGGGGAGGAAGGAGGCGGUGUUCUCCCCACCAUUGAUCUCGAAAACACCAAGUUCCAGUGGCCCUCGUGCGGUGGUAACCGCACAGACUGGGUGCCGUGUUUGGAUAAUGAGAAGGCGAUCAAAUCCCUGAGGACGAACAAGCACUACGAGCACCGGGAACGGCACUGCCCGGUGCCUGAGGAGAUGGAGAAGUGCCUUGUGCGGCUGCCAGAAGGGUACAAGGCGCACGUGCCGUGGCCCGAGAGCAGAGACCAGGUGUGGUACAACAACGUGCCGCACCCCGGCCUGGCGAGCUACAAGAAGGACCAGAACUGGGUGGCCAUGCAGGGAGACAAGCUCGUGUUCCCGGGAGGGGGCACCCAGUUCACGCAUGGAGCCACUGGAUACAUCAACUUCGUUCAGAAGGCCUUCCCCGACGUGGCAUGGGGCAAGCGCGUGCGAGUCAUCCUUGACAUGGGGUGUGGCGUGGCCAGCCUGUCGGCGUAUCUGGACCAGUUUGACGUGCGUGUGAUGUCCAUGGCGCCCAAGGACGAGCACGAGGCACAGAUUCAACUUGCGCUAGAGCGGGGAGUGCUGGCGGUGGUGGGGGUGAUGGGCACGCAGCGGCUGCCCUUCUCCUCCAACUCCUUUGAUGCUGUGCACUGCGCUCGCUGCCGCGUGCCGUGGCACAUUGAUGGUGGCAUGCUGCUAUUGGAGCUGAACCGUGUGCUGCGGCCAGGCGGGUAUUUCAUCUGGUCGGCCACGCCUGUGUACCGCAAGAAAGGGGACGACGAGGAGAUCUGGAGCGCCAUGACGGACCUUGCUGACCGCAUGUGUUGGACUCUGAAGGUCCGGGAGAAGGAGGACGGGCUGGACAAUGUGGGCGUGGCCGUCUGGCAGAAGCCCUCUGACAACCGGUGCUACAGCGAACGCGGCGCGGAAACAGCCCCUCCCAUGUGUGAAUCGGACGACAACCCUGAUGCUGCUUGGUAUGUCCCCAUGAAGGCAUGUCUGCACCCCGUACCAGCGUUCAAGGGGGUGAGGGCGGCGCAGUGGCCGGCCAUGGGGAGGGCGAGGCUGAGGGCCGUGCCGGCGUGGCUGCAGAUGCUGAGGCGAGGGGUGUUUGGCGGGCCGGCUGUGGCUGAGAUGAAACGCGACCAGAUCCACUGGAAGAAGGUGGUUGCUUUCUACGACGCCUCGUUUGGCAUCGAUUGGAGCACAGUGCGGAAUGUGAUGGACCUGAACGCGCACUACGGGGGCUUUGCAGCAGAGCUGGCAGUGCUGAAGAAGCCGCUCUGGGUGCUCAACGUGGUGCCCACCAGCGGCCCAGACUCCCUCCCCAUAGUGUUUGAGCGCGGGCUGGUCGGCAUCUACCACGACUGGUGCGAGGCGUUCAACUCGUACCCGCGCUCAUACGACCUGCUGCAUGCCGACCACACGGUGUCGCAGGAGGUUGGCAGGUGCGACGUCACAUUCGUCCUGCUUGAGAUGGACCGCAUGCUUCGCCCCGAGGGGUGGGCGAUUUUCCGUGACCAUGCACACAUGGAGGGGUCAAUUCGCAACCUGGCGGCUUCCUUCCACUGGCGCCUCAAGUUCAACAAGACGGAGGCAGGCGAGGUGCUGCUGGCGUUCCAAAAGACCUUCUGGCGACCCAAGGAAGAGGCUUGAUGCUGUAAUUAGAGGAUUGACUUUACAAAUGGAUGGCUCUAUUCACAACCCGGCGGCUUCCUUCCACUGGCGGCUCAAGUUCAACAAGACAUGGGCCGGCAGCGAGGUGCUGCAGGCUUUGCAAAAGACCUUCUGGUGACCCAAGGAGGAUGCUUAAUGCCUAAUGCUUGAUGCUUGUAUUAGAGGGUUGGAUUUUAACUGAGGUGAUUUCUGUAUAGGCUGACCAUAACUUUCGCUGGAGGUUUGGGCUUCUGAAACAUGGUUUUCCACCAUCCAAGAGAGAGGCUUGACUUCCCUGGAUGCUAUACCGUACUUUCUGUUCUGACCAGUGCAGCAAGGUUUCCUGCUAACGUACCGAUACC